AACGCGUUUCUCACAUCUCAGUGUCACCUCUGUCAUCUCCAUAUGCUCAGUCGUGACUCAUGACAGCUCUUGACGUGUAUUCAACAAGACUGAAUUGUGUGUGCGUUUUAGGUUUAUGAUUGUCACGGACUGACAGGCGCGUAAUAAUACGACGCAGCGCAGCGUUUCCGCGCGCGCGCACCGGCGGUCAGGUGUUUUGAUGGAUGCGCGGUGAUCCCGAAGAACAUUUGCCAUCUCUUUGGACAGAAAGCCAAUAGAAACGCGUUUUCUCUACGUAAUGAAUCUCCUCCUCCUCCUCCUCUUCCUCCGACAUAACGGAGCGAUGCUGGCGUUCACGCUUCAAUCCGAUCGCGUCUAAUCGCAUCGCGGCACGAUGGACAACGCUGGCUUGAUUUGAGAAAGGGAAAAGCCCUCAGCGCCACAUAUAUACUCACACACAAUGCACGCCAAUGCCUUUCUCUGGAUGUCUGGGCUCCUGAUAGCACCUCGCUGAGAGAUGAUGCUCGCGUUACGGUUUGCUCGUCGUCCGCUUUAUUCGCGAAAUAAGCCGCUGAACGGACGCUUGACCACUACGAACCUGCCUUCACGCAUAAAGCCUCUUCUGACCAUCCGCAAGGCACACGGUAUCUUGUACACGAGGGCUUGGGAGACACGAUUAAAGUUUCAACGAUGUAAAUCGAGGUCUGGAGUCAGUGAAGUGUUCUCAAUCUAGCACAAACUAGAGCUCGCCAUUGAGAGAAAAGAUCCCGGACGUUUAUUCAGCGUUUGCUGCGUUUCGCACCAUGAGCCAGCAGACACAGGCCCCUCAGCAGACGCCGGCGGCGGCCCCGGAUCUGGAAGUGAUCUCCCAGCAGGUGGAGGAUGAGGGCCAGUGCAUGGCUCCGGUGCAGCUGGUCAGUUUCGCCUACCGGGACCUUCCUCUCGCCGCCUUGGACCUCUCGCUGGCCGGAUCACAGCUACUGUCAAACCUGGAUGAAGAGGACAACCAGGAGGGGUCGAACUGGCUGAAGCCGUGCUGCGGGAGAAGAGCUGCGCUGUGGCAGGUGUGUUUGCUGAGCGCCGGGUUCAACUGUUUCCUGGUGGCCUGCGUCAUCCUAGUGGUGCUCCUACUGACUCUGGAACUGCUCAUCGAUACCAAGCUCCUGCAGUUUAAUAAUGCAUUCCAGUUUGCCUGUAUCAUCCACUGGAUCAGCCUGGUCAUCCUGUCUGUGUUCUUCACUGAGACCGUGUUUCGGAUUGUGGUGCUCGGGAUAUGGGAUUAUAUCGAGAACAAAGUUGAGGUGUUUGACGGAGCGGUGAUAGUCCUCUCUCUGGCCCCAAUGGUGGCCUCCACGGUGGCCAACGGUCCCAGCAGCCCCUGGGAUGCCAUCAGCCUGAUCAUCACCCUGCGCAUCUGGAGGGUCAAGAGGAUCAUCGACGCGUAUGUGCUGCAGGUGAAGGUGGAGAUGGAGCUGGAGAUCCAGCAGUACGAGAAAAGCAAAGCCGUGAGAGAAGAGCAGCUGGAGAGACUCACACAGAUCUGCCAGGAACAGGCCUUUGAGAUCCGGCAGUUGCGAGCUCACCUGGCGCAGCAGGAUCUGGAUUUGGCUGCGGAGCGAGAGGCCGCCAUGCAGAUUCAUCACGUGUGGGGAAAACAGAGCAGCAGCUUCCAGGAGAUUGACGGUCUGAGACCCGCUGGAGCAGAGAACAGCAGAGAGCCCCGAGCUCCAGCAGAGAGUGUCGUUCAGGAUGAUAUGAACAACUACAUCAGUCAGUAUUACAGUGAGCCAAGUAGCGACAUCGGUGUACCUGACCCUGGUGCACGUGUCAUAACCACAGCAGCCAUCGAUGUCCACCUUCCCACCAACCCCAACCAGUUGCCUCCUUCCCUGGUCAGUGCUGAUGGCCCAGGCAGUGGGCAGCGAACGGGCAGCUCUGUAAGUGAAGCAUCCAGCACGACCAUGUCCCGGUCCAGCUGCAGCUUUACAGCCCGGCAGCACAGUGUCAGCAGCCACACACUGGGCUCCACGACUGACUGCAGCUCUACCGUACGGGAGGCCUCUACCUCCGACUACAGCGGUCAGCGCUGCUGCCCUCCUCCAUACUGUAGCCCUUUGACCCUCGGGACGCAACCGGGAAUCCAUGACCCCAGCGCAGUGGUCAAAGAGCUGCUCUCCUCCUUGUCUGAGGACUCCUGCCUGGCGCAGAAAGGCAGGGUGGACCCGGUCAACCUUAAAUUACCCAGCCCGGCAGGGUCAGUAAAGGCCAGCCCGGAACUGGAGCACAGGGUGAACAUUUACAACAAGAGAAACCAGGAAAGUCUGGGUGUUUUCCAGACCAAGCCACUAAUUCACCUGCAGGGGACCGAGCCAUCUCUGGAUGAGAAGUACAGACUUAUGGAGCCAGCAGAUACUCCACUGAGCCAUAUACCAGACACAUAGAGCAUGAAGAGUGGAACGGUGAGCACCUACACCAGCUGAAGCAGCCUCUCUCUUGGCCUCUCUCUGUAUUGCUUACUCAUUGGCUGUGUCCGAAAUGCGAAUCAUGGACCUUUGCUGGCAGCACCCACAGACGUCCUGACUAGUACAGUAACUACAAUUUUUCUGUAGACCGUUAUUUGCUGGAGCAUCCACAGGUAGAAAUAGAUCAUGGAGUUUUUUUUAAUCUGAUCAAAUUUAAAAACAGACAUAGACUUGUCUGUCAAUUCUGAUUGAUCAAAAUAUGUAGACUAGAUCUGAUUUUAAGGAACUGUGUUAUAGAACUACUACUCCAGGCUGUUAACUGGGGCAAAAACUGUGUGGUGUUUUCCAGCCAUUAGUCAGCCUGUGAAUAACUUACAAUCCUUCUCCUGGAAGGUCCACCAUUCUUUCAGAGAUGCAAACUACUCGAAAUCUGGAGGUUAAGUGAUUAUGAAGACAUUAAUCUGGCCCAAGUAGGGUUAAAGCUGAGCUCUACAAGAGGAUGGCUCUUACAGGGGCGAGUUAAGGCAGGCAUGCAUGGUGUGAAAUAUGGUGGAAGGAAGAUCCCAUGUCCACGGAUAAGUGAGUUUGUGAAAAUUGUGAUUCACAAUUGCUUUAAAGCAAUUGCAUUAAAGUCCAUGCCAAAAAACAUGGACAGGAAGAUUUUCCUUUAGAGACACUCAUGGUCUCUCUCUUGCUUACAUUAGAGCCUAAUGCAAUGCAAGCCAUGAAUAGUUGCUAUACAUACAGGUUUUUUAGCACCAGAAAUGAUAAAGCCUAGUCUGCUGUAAACUAUAUUCCGAUAACCCUGUUAUGCAGGACUCAUCAAACAUCACGCACAAGCUCGUACGACAGCAAAAAUUGUAUCAUGUACACUCGCUUUUAGUCAACCACUCCUAUCUGUUAUCCCCUUUAUUUCCUGACUCUUUUCUUGGGGACAAUUCAACAGUCAAUCAAACAGCCCUUAACUCAUCAACUCUUAAAAUUGAUUGAUCUGGUAAGGGAGACAUUAAACAUCUAUAAUCUGCAUGAGUGCACAGAAACUACUGGCAAACACUGCUUUACACAUCUGAGGCAUGAACUAGUGACAGGAAUUGUUUACCGAUCAGUGUGCACCGAUGCUUCAUUUUGUUCGACAGACUUGCCAUAUUGUUCCCUAUUCAUAUCACACAACCUGCAGCAAGUGGUUCCUUAAGAAUUGGUUCUGAUGGAGCAGUAGUAUAGGAAAAGAGAUUGUCGAGGUUGGUUAACUCAACGCAAAAGACACAACCUAAUCAGUGUCUUUAGAAAUACUCUAAACAAGACAAUGCAAAAGACUCCAAGGUUGGAUUUGAAGCCUUGCUUUAGGGUGUAGAGCAGAGGUGCCAAUCCUGUUCCUGGAGAUUAACCUUUCUGCAGAUUUCAGCUCCAACCCUGAUCAAACACAACCAAGUAAGAUCUAAAGGAGCACUAAUCAAAGACAGGUGCAUUUGAUCAAGGUUGCAGCUGAACUACGCAGGAAAGUAGAUCUCCAGGAACAGGAUUGGGCAUCCCUGCUGUAGAGUCAUACAGAAUUGUUGAAUGAUGGGGCAGUAGUUUCUUUUGUUUUCGGACACAGCCAAUCGGUCUCUUUCUUUGUCAAACAGCACUAUGAUACUCACUCCCAGGUUUCAUGUUCUUAGAUAGGGGCACAGGAAGUGAUAUCAGGAUAAUGCCCUCUGCUACCCGCCUCAUGCAACGUUCCUCCUUACAGAUGCACAUUUCUCUCUCUCUCUUUCUCCAACUCUGCAAGAGCACUUGAACUGUCUCACUCCUGCCAAAAUUGCACAACCUUCCAAGGAGUCAGGGAGAGGUACUUUGGGAGCCAUCAUUGGAAGAUCCUUCAGGAAUUUAAGCGUGUCUGUUGGGUGAGUGUUGUAUGAAACCAGCAAAGACGCACUCUUUUAGAUGGUAGGCCAAUAUCGGAGUGUGGCUGGAAGACUUAUCAUGUGUUCUCAUUCAGGGUGGCGUGGGAGGGAGUUUUUAAUUUGUUAAUUUGUACGAAAUGUAACUGACACACAAUGUACAGUCCUUUUACCCCCAAUGCUGCAGGGUUACAUUUGAUCCGUGUUCAAAUGUCAAGCUGUGUGAUUCAGCCAAAUUUCUUACCUUUGCCUUUCUUACAUUACUGAUGCUGAUGUUUGUAUUCAAAUUCUAUGCGAGGAAAAAAAAAGUGCUAAACUCAAGUAUUUUUAAAACACGGAGAGCAAACAAUAGGCGAACAUUUCAGGUAUACCGUAUUAGAAGAUUUUUAUGAGAAAUUAUGGUUAGAAUGUUGUCAUAACCCCAAACCUUAACCCCAUCCCAAUAGCAUGAGCCUUUGAAAAGAUAUAUCUGCUUUCUGACUAAGGCAAAUUAAUCCUGUGUUAUCGACAAGGGAUUUUAUAAACUGAUAAUGAGAGAAAUUGUCAAGCAAUUAAAAGUUGGUAAAUUCAAA